AUGGUAUAUUCUAUACUCAACGUAAAUAAAUUAUGUUUACAAAAAAGAAAACGAAAUCGAUUAAUUAAUCUUUUUUUUUUUCUUAAAGAUUAUCCUGAUGGAUCAUCAACAACUGGUCAAUUAACUGGUAUGUGUAUAUGUGCAUUUGCAUUUUAUAUUGGUUUACAAUUAAUCUUAAUUGGUUUAUGGCAUCAAAAAUAUCGUCAAGAAAAUCCAACAAAAAUUAUUAAAAAAACAAAUCAACAUAAUGAAUCUUCAACACAUUUAAAAUCAUCUAUGGAACAUAAUGAACCAUAUAAUUAUUCAUAUCAACAACAAAUUGAUUAUACACCAUAUGAUUAUUAUUCUAAUCCACCAUAUGUUUCAAAUGCUAAUGAACAAAUGUUAUUACAACAACCAGGUGCAGUAACAGGUGCUGCUUCUUAUGAACCAGUUGUUUGGCCAUCAAAUGUUGAAAUUGAAACACAACCAGAUUCAAAAUUUCUUCAACCUAUGGAAUGGGCAUAUGGAAAGCCAGUAGGCAAUCCAACAUCAUUAACAUCAGCACAUACAUCUCUGAAAAAAAAAAGUAAUAAUCAUUAUAAACAGAAAACAGUUCAAGCUAAUCCAGCAAAACCUAAAUUUGAUAAUCUUUUUCCAAAUUCAAUUGUUACAGAAACACCAUUACCAACAUUAAGUAAAGCACCAGAAACAAAUGAUCUUAUAAGAACAAUUGUUGAUAAAGAAAAAACAAUUAAAAAAAAUUUACCAAAUGAUUCUUUAACAACAAAAAAUUUUAAUCGAAUAAGACCAUUUGAUGGUGAAACUGAAAGUUCAACCGUCAUUAGUUCCACUCAUCGUAGUCAUCCUUCACAUCGUCAUCGUCGGCAACGUCGUCAUCAUUCUUCUUCAUCAUGUUCAAGUUGUUCAUCUAAUGAUUUUAAUAGUAAUAUUAAUUAUAAUUCACAUCAUUAUCAACAAAAACAUUCUGAACCAAUAUCUAAUACAACCAUACGACAAACUUCAAAAACAAAUAAAGCAACCCAUCGUGAUACUAUUUUAGAAAAUAUACCAAAUGUUCAUGAUAGCCGUCUUGAACAAAUUCCUGUUGUUCGUCGUACAAUUAUAAUUGAACCUUAUUCAACUCAAUCAAAUUCAGAAAUAGUUAAUAAAUCACAUACUGAUAAAACAGGAAAAUUUCGUUUAAAUAAAAAUCAAUAUAAUGAAACAAAUACAAAUUCUAAAACAAGAAAUAUAACAAUAGAAAGUAGUAAUAAUACGAUGACUGAUAUACAAUUAGAAGAUGUUAAUGAUGAUAUUGAUGAAAAUGAAAAUUUUAAAAAGAAAAAAACAAAUAAAACAUCAUCAACAAAAAUAGCUCAUAAUGCAUAUUAUAAUUAA